AUGGAGCCUUGGAAGCGUAAACGGCCCGAGAUCCGACCUGCUGCCAUUGUCAUCACAGAUGUGAGAUCAGCACGCGAAGAAAUAAUAACAGCCGCAUCAGUGACCCCAGAUUCGGGACGAACCCCAACAACUCCAAACUUAGACUCACGGCACGAAGAUCACGCGACGACCUCACCGAGAAAGCGAAUAUACAUGGACGGAGAUAGGCUGGGCGUGGAUGGUCCAUGGCACGGCAGCAGGAGAGGUUCGCAGAACAGCCAUAUCACAUCGGCCACCUCGCCGAGUAGUGCUGCGGAUAGCUUCAUCUUCGAAUCGAGUCAAGAGUAUAUUAGUAUCAAAGGGGAUAGAAACGAGCUGGCGUAUUAUACAGAUGCGUCCAGCCCCGCGUAUCCUCAGGAACAAAUAUUCUGUGUUAGCGAUGCACCUCCACCGCAAGACUUUACCUCUCAGGUGCUGGCUCAGCAUGGAGCUCAGAUAGGCCGAGGAGACUGGAGAGCUGGUAGAAUAGGAACGCACAUGGCUGGUCGUCUGGCGGACGGCACUUUCUCCUCGGAAGAGAUACCAAGCAUUCGCGUAGCGGUACCUGAACAACCUCAGGGAUAUCAUGACUAUGGUAGCAUCCAUCAGACAAUCCCCUUGAUGAAGAGUGAACCUAUGCCAAAACCGACGAGGUAUCUAGAUCACGCCGGGGAUGGGCUGGGAAGGUUGAUGGGAAGCCAGAUAAUGAACAAGGCGCAAAGGCCCCCAAAUGAACAAGGAGGGGUUCAGCUGAACGCGGAAGUCCUGCUGCCAACGGCACCUCGGUUGCUCUCGAACAGGGUUGGGCCGCAGCCUAAAGACAUACAUAAAAGGGACGUGCCCGCCGUGCACAUGUCAGCGAGUUCUUCUGACCUAACGGAAGGCGGCCAAAAUCACCAACACAGGCAAGGCAACAAGGACGCAUCUGCUCGCAAAAUGAAGCCCCCUCCAUUGGAGGGCUUGAAACGAGAAGCCACGGAUCGAUCUGACUUCCAGACGCCAAAGCGGAUACGAGCCGGAGGGGGCCCGGAUGAGAACAGCGAGGUGAUAGACGACAGUGACCUCAACUCUCCCACCUGGGCGUGCCCGUUCUUCCGGCACGACCCUCUUGGUAACAUGAACUGCCUGAAGCUCAAGCUCAAGCGGAUAAGGGACGUCAAGCAGCACAUCCAAAGACGCCACAAUAAUUCCGGCAACUAUUGCCAGAAAUGCUGGGAGAGUUUCCCCAGUCGCAAGAAAAAGGAAGAGCACCUCAACUCUAAUAGUUGUGAGCCCAUCGACCAAUCGCUGUCGGUGAAGAAGGGCGGCAUAUCCGCGGAAGCGCAGGAGAAGCUGAAGCACCGCGCCCAGAGGAGUAAAUCGGGCGAUGAACAGUGGUAUGACGUGUACGACAUUGUCUUCAAAGGCCAGCAGGGCCCUGAUAGGAGUAGUCUUGAGCCGCAACUCGGCACUUUGAUUAUGGAAACCACGCGGUUGAUGCAGAGUUUUUGGAGGGAUGAGAAUGAGGACUGGUUUCCGGGAUAUCUAAGCAGACAACCGUUAGCGCAGGGCAUGGACCAAGAUGCGCUUCGUGGCCUAGUAGUUAAUGUUAUGGAAGAGAUACAUGUGCGGUUCGAGGAGAGGAUUCGAGGUAGCAGCCCUCCCAGUAGGUGGGAUAACGUCGCCGUCCCGGCUCUUGAGGCGCCGCCUUCUGCUAUGGUAUCGCCAACUACUGCAUUCGCGACCACGGCUAACUCUCAGGAUGUGAGUCUCAUUGGGUGCCACUUGCAGCACGAGAUGACACAACGCCCGAGCGAGAUAUGCGACGAUGAUCAAUAUCUUUACUAUAUUGAUCCGAAUUCUAGCCUUGCUAAUGCUGAUGAAUACCUCCCAUUUCAUGAAGCUAAUGCUUCAUUCAAUAAUGCUUAUGAUAUGGGAGGAUGA